AGUAGAUAGGAUCCCGGGAAGUGGAGAGUUCUUCGUCUAUCCUCGUGCAGAGCUCAAGCGCCUUGCUUGAAUGGCUCUCCUCCGCCUCCAAGAACACUGCUUUCUCCUCCAAAUUUCCAGCUCGCACCUCCCAAAUCUCCUCAAACCCGCAAGAACCCCUCGCCGGAGCCAGCUCUCGCUUCCCAAUGUAGCAAGGGUCCCCGGCUCCUCCACAACACCCACUGCAACCCCGGCGCGAAAUGCGGCGGCGCCUUGGCGGGGCGAGCUCCUGCUCCUCCUCCCCGCCGCCGCCGCCUCCUGGACACCGUUCCCUGCCUUCGCCGCGGAGGCCGACGGCGGCGGGAAGGUGAGCCUCGAGUCCAUCGUGGUGGCCAUCGACGACUUCAACAACCGGAACCCCUUCUUCGUGGCCGGGGUGGUCUUCGUGUGGCUCGUGGUCAUCCCGCUCGCGCAGGAGUACUUCAGCAAGUACAAGGCCGUGGGCGCCCUCGACGCCUUCCGCAAGCUCCGGGACGUGCCGGAGGCGCAGCUGCUCGACAUCAGGCGGGGCAAGAGCGUGCAGUUCAUGCCGCCGCCCAACCUCAAGCUCGUCGAGAAGAGCGCCGUGCAGGUGGAGUUCAACGAGGAAGACGAGAAGGACUUCCUCAGGGAGGUUCUAAAGAGGUUCCCGGACCCGGCAAACACCGCCGUCUGCGUCCUUGACAACUUUGAUGGUAAUUCAGUAAAAGUGGCUGAGCUGUUGGUCAACAAUGGUUUCAAGGAAGCAUAUGCAAUCAAAGGAGGAGUAAGAGGCCCAGAAGGUUGGCAGGCAAUUCAAGAAAAAUAUCUUCCCCCAGCUGUUCAUGUUUUCCCAAAGAAGAAGAAGAAGAGCAAAGGUUUGACACAUACAGAUGCCACAACUGAAGGAACAGAUGAUCAGCAUGAGAAAAAUGGAGAACUAUUAACUUCAGAUGAUCAGCAUGAUUCAAGCAACGGGAUCCAAGAUGGUCAUGAAGAACUAAAUGGAAGUACUUCAGCCACAAAGCAUUCAACAACAAGACCAUUAUCACCAUACGCUAAUUAUCCUGACUUGAAGCCUCCGUCAUCUCCGAGUCCAUCCAAGCCAGGGAGGUAGAAGCAAUAUAAGCAAUAUAAUGCCUGGACUUAACGAAGGCAGAGUCAGUCAUUUUUGGCAUAACCAUUUUGUCACACUAAAUCCAUGGAUGUAGAGGCGAUCAAUGUGGGUCACGAUGCAGAAGACCAUUGCUGGACAAAACGAAAUGGUGUUAUUGACAGCAUGGUGAUUUCUUACGUUUGUGUAAAUGUCAAACUUUUCCCAGUUUGUUAACUGUUGUCUGUACAUUGAUGUGGGUAUUGUUGUAUACAAGACUAGACAUUUGAUUUCA